AUGACCAGUUCAGAAGACUUAACACCGCCACCUAAAAAGCCCAGAACGGUAUCCAACGACGACCUAUAUAGACGAUCAACUCAAUAUCGUUACUGGUCGUUUACCCAGUCCAAGUUGGAGGAUCUAAGAGUUCUUGCCAACAAGAAAGGAAGAGUGCUGACUCACAAAAGGCUUGAGGAUCUUGAUCCAUCGCUUGAUGAGGCAAAGAUGAUCAAAGAAAACGAUGUGGCGCAGUUUCCGUACGUCUCUUUAGACGAAGAGCUUAAGAUCAUCACUUAUUAUGCUAGAAAGUGCCAGGAUUUGGCCAACUUCUUCCAUCUCCCGUCUCAGGCUCGGUCCACUGCCAUUAUCUACCUCUACAAAUUCUAUCUGACCUACUCAGUGAUGACCUAUCAUCCUCAGCAUAUCAUGUACACGUGUUUAUUCUUGGCAGCCAAGGUGGAAAACAGCUUCAUAGGUAUCAAUAAUUUUUCCAAGGCCAUUCCAAAGACCAGUCCAGAGUCCAUUUUACAAUACGAAUACCUUAUUUUACAGACUCUACGCUUUUCCUUGAGAUGUCAUCAUUCUUAUCAGCCUUUAUAUGGAUUUUAUCUUGAUAUACAACAGUUGUUGCCUAAAGUAGAUCGGAAAAGAUUGGGCCAGAGUUGUGAUCAUGCCAGAGACCUUGUUGGUGAAAGUUUGUUUUUUGAUGUCAAUUUUCUAUUCACUCCACCGCAAAUUGCGUUGGCAUGUCUUUGGAGGAGCGAUGAUAUUCUAGUUGAGAGGUAUUUGGCUAAGAAGUUAGGUUUGAAGAGAAAGCAGAAGGAGACGGAUGGAGCAGAAGCAGAAGCAGAAGCAGAAGCAGAAGCAGAAGCAGGAGCUGAAGCAGAAACAGAAACAGAAACAGAAACAGAAGCAGAAGCAGAAACAAAAACAGAAGCAGAAGCAAAAACAGAUACAGAAACAAAAACAGAUACAAAGCCUCCGAAGACCGAAGAAGGUGAAGUACCACCUCAACAAAGGUUUGAUAAAAUGUUCCAAACAAUCAAGAAAUGUAGUCGUCUGAUUGAUCAAGCCUCACGUAAUCCUUCUGUCGAAGAGGCCAAAGAUAUAUCAUCCAAAAUUAGAUACUGUCUCGAGCCUUUGCGAUAUGGAAGAAAGUUACUCAAGCAGCGAAUAGCUAUUAGUGAGAUCGUUGAAGAGGCCAAUACAAAGAGGUCUGUGUCAACUGAAUCAGAACAGACCUCUAAAAGACAGAAGACUCAAUAA